GCCAAGCGGGCUGGCAAACAGGCACUUUGAACUUGGAAGACCGUGCUAGCGUACGUGGCUGGAGAAUAUGGCUGAAUUAACAGAGUUGCGAAGCGAUCGAACUGAGUUAAAGGAGCUUUUAGAACAAGCAAAACGGCCACGUGUGAGAGUCAUUCUUCAAAAUGAACUCAGCUCUGUGGAUGUGAAAAUUAACGAAAUCGAACGGCAAAGAUUACAAGAUGAAGUUACCAACAUGGAAAAUGAGGAUAAGGAAAACCCCAGCACUCUCGAUGGUUUCGAAUCACGGCAAAAAUCAGGGAGAGAAGGUCGUGUACAGCGAAGUAAAAUCACAUCAUAUGACUGCACGCUACGAAACUCCACCAACAACAACAACAAGGAAGGGCGUUUUCCUUGUCAAGCGAGCGGCUGUUCCUAUGUUUGCCGUUGGCAAUGCGAAAUGAAGGUUCACAUGAACAAGCACACAAAAGAAAGACCGUUCGUAUGUGACUGGGCCAACUGUGGGAAGAGCUUUGGAGACAAGAGUUCAAUGAGGACUCACUACAAUGCAGUUCAUCUUAAACUCAAGAAAUUCAAGUGCCAUGUGAAAGGGUGCAGUCUAUCCUUCACGUGUGCCAAGAGUCGCAACCGCCACAGCAGAAAUACAAAACUCCACGAAAAAUUAUUCAGUGGUCAGUGCUUCCGCGACCAGUAUAUGUGUGUGAAUCACACAACAGUCCCAAAGGAGGAAAAGCCAACCAAAAAAGAGCUCCCUGAAGAUCUGAAGGGGGUUGAAGAAAAUCAUUUUGAAAACGAGCAAGUCCCCAGUCCAACUACUGACUACGAGAGAUUCUACCUUGAUUCUCCGAAGGUCACAAACCCCAUGGGGCUUAUGUUCCUUAACCAUCCGAGUAUGUACCCACGAGGGGACUACUAUCUCUAUAAAGAUCUUUUCUCGAAGGCUUUGAUGAAGGAGUACAGUAUGUAUGGCUAUGGUUUGAGUGGUGCCGGAUUCCCGGGGUUUUAUCUCCCAGCGCCCCGGGCUUCCGUGAUUAAGGAGAAUAAUUUGGGUAAGUUGAGCCCAAUUAUUUAGAUUAUACGGACAAUACCGUAUGAUCGUUUUUGGUACCAAUCGUUCAUUAAAUGAACAUUAUUUUAAAGUAAAGAAGAUUUCUAACAGACUAACAUAUUAAUAUUUGUUUUUUGAAAAAAACAUAUAUAGUUUCAAAGUAAAUUGAUUUAACUCAUCUGGUAGUUUUACACGCGAAAUGCAUGAAUAUGAUUAAAAAUUGUGCAUUUGAUUUUUUUAAAAAACGUGGUUUAUAUUCAUCUGAAAUGGCGCAGAUUUGUUGUGGAAAGCUUAUAAGAAAAAAUACAACAAAUAUUUGAAAUUUUAUUAUGAUCUAUAUUAACUUCUUCAAAUCAGAAUUCGCAUAUCGUGUAAAACUACCAACAAAUUUAUACUUACAUUAAAUAACUUCUAACGGAAACAUAGUUUUAGGAAGAUAGUUUAGAAGAAAAUAAUCGUUGUAAUACUUAGGUAAUUCCUUUAAGUUUAAACAUAACUUAAGUAAUUGUCAAAAUAAUGGAUCGUUUGUAGCUUAGUUUGUAUAUUUAGCUUAGUUUUACAUUGUAGUUGAAGAUAGAUUAUUGUAGUGUAUUAGUCUAAUAGUUUUUAACAUGGCAAUCUGUCAAAGGCAAGGCUUUCACAGGUGUUCCGUACUUUUUUAAACUCAUUUGAUUGUCCUAAUUUCAUUUACUACGACAUGUGGGUGGUGGAAUAAUACUUGAUGAACAGGAAUUUAUCUGAGGAAAAAUAUGUGCAUGGCUAUGGGAAUAAUGCAUGUAUUAAAAGAUAAGCUUUGAACUUGUGUCUUUUAAUUGUAAUUGAGGAACCCACAAUUGGGUAAAUUGGAUUUAUUUCUAUAAGUAGGUGUUUCAUUAGAAAAGGUCUUUCAUCCUUUCAUUAUGUGGUUAUUAAUAGUAAUUGGAAGCCUGUCAAAAUUAUUUGAUAUAUUGUUGUUUGUAGAUGACAUUUGCCAAGUUAAGUUAGUUUAGUAGAAAGUUUAUAUAUCUUAAUAUGGUAACAAAAUAUAUGACUAACAGUGUUUUAACAUUCAAGUCUUAAUGCUAUUUUAAUGCAUUGACAAUAUUAUUACUAUAAAUAAAGGCAGCCCACAUUGGGUAAAAAAUACUUGGCUCAAUUUUAAGUCAGUAAGUUUAACCCGUAUUAACAUUUUAACAAAAAUAUUUGUAAUAAUAGUCAAGAAAUGCCGAUAAUCUAUAUAUCGCGUACUCCCCUGAAAAACUAUGUUUUCAGUUAGCCAAAAUUAGAAUGUGUUUCUGCAAUAAGGCAAUGUAGCUGACAUAAUUGUUAGCCAUAUAAGUAAAUUCCCUUAUUUACCUCGGCAUUUCUUGAAGUUCUAUUUUGUGAACUGUAAACUAACAAUUAACAGUAAAACCAGUUUACUGUAUUGUUAAACUUGGAUAAUCAAAAUGAUUGUAACAAAAUUUAUAGUAAUUGUAACAUUAGCUUGUACUUUUUUCAUACUAAUUUUUUAAAAUAUGAAAUAAAGUAAUGUUUAUGCUCGGGAGAUAAUAGCGAAGUGGGAAAUUUGAACGUUAAAAUAUAUAAUCAAAAAUAGUUUCAGCAUUGAUAUUAUUUUCAUAGUUAUCAAUGUAAAGCCAAUAUAGGCCAAAAUUUACACUAUGUAUCUUUGAUUGCGCAGCUUUGUGGGAAAAAAUAGUAGUUCAGACAUGUGACACAUGCGUGCAUGCAGUUGAAAUCCUGGUUAUCAGCUAUAGUCCCAGAUGUUCCCACAAAUGCUUGCCAAAACUUUUUUAACUAAAUAUUGUAGUUGAGUGGCCUUGAACGUAGACCACGAGGCCAUCUGUAACUCGUCAUAUAUCUUUUAAAAAGCAGCAGUGUGCAGUUGAACUUAAUGGUGUUGACGGUUUGUUUCUUUUACUCGUUUUUUGAGAAGAAAUGUACUCAAUGCCUAAAUUUUGGUACACUAUGCUAUCACGGUCAAACACCUUUCGUUCAACUUUUAACAUUGUUUUGCUAUAUUUUUAUGUAACCUUAAUCAAAAACUCGAUAACGAGUUAAAUGAAAUUGUAUUGAUUAUUUUUAUAUCCUAGGAAUAUUGUAAUUGAAAUUUUUAUGAAAGGGGUUGAUUGGGACAUUAAAUUUAGAAAUUAGGUUUUUAAAAAUAUUGGAGAACAAUUACUUCAGAAUUAAAUGUAAUUGUAUUUUUAAGCAAAUUUUAGUAAUAAUUU